GUGGUGCCCUGUAGGGCCUGAGAGCUUUCGCCGGUUUCCCGGCCCGCUUUCGCCGCUUCGGCUCCGCAGACAUGUCGGGGUUCAGCCCAGAACUUAUCGACUACCUGGAAGGGAAAAUCUCCUUUGAAGAAUUCGAAAGGCGGAGAGAAGAGAGAAAAACCCGGGAGAAGAAAAGUGUUCAGGAAAAAGGAAAAUCAUCCCCUGAAGAAAACCCAGAUGAUUCUGAAGUUCCAUCGUCAUCAGGAAUUGACUCUGCCAAAUCCCAGAACAAAGAUGCCAAUGAAGGAGAAACAUCAGAUGGAGUGAGUAAGUCAGUUCACAAAGUCUUUGCUUCCAUGCUUGGAGAGACUGAAGAUGAUGAAGAGGAAGAAGAAGAGGAGGAGGAAGAGGAGACACCAGAGCAACCUACCGCAGGAGAUGUAUUUGUAUUGGAGAUGGUUCUCAACCGUGAAACCAAAAAAAUGAUGAAAGAGAAGAGGCCUCGGAGUAAACUUCCCCGAGCCCUGAGAGGCCUCAUGGGUGAAGCCAAUAUUCGAUUUGCUCGAGGAGAACAUGAAGAGGCCAUAUUGAUGUGCAUGGAAAUCAUAAGACAAGCUCCUUUGGCUUAUGAGCCAUUCUCUACACUUGCCAUGAUAUACGAGGACCAAGGUGACAUGGAGAAAUCGUUGCAGUUUGAGCUGAUUGCUGCACAUUUAAAUCCCAGUGACACAGAAGAAUGGGUUAGGUUGGCAGAAAUGUCUCUGGAACAAGAUAACAUUAAGCAGGCUAUUUUUUGCUAUACAAAAGCUCUUAAAUGUGAACCUACUAAUGUCCGUUACCUGUGGGAGAGAUCAAGCCUUUAUGAACAGAUGGGUGAUCACAAAAUGGCCAUGGAUGGCUAUAGGCGUAUUUUAAAUCUUUUGUCUCCAUCUGAUGGAGAACGUUUUAUGCAGCUGGCUAGAGAUAUGGCAAAGAGUUACUAUGAAGCCAAUGAUAGUACUUCAGCUAUCAACAUAAUUGAAGAAGCCUUCUCAAAACACCAAGGCUUAGUAUCCAUGGAGGAUGUUAACAUAGCAGCUGAAUUAUAUAUUUCCAACAAGCAGUAUGACAAAGCUUUGGAGGUAAUUACAGAUUUUUCUGGAAUUAUCCUGGAAAAGGAAACUUUGGAAGAAGGCACCUCAGAAGAGAAUAAAGCUGCUGAGACCGUGACCUGCUCUAUACCUGACAGUGUGCCAAUAGACAUCACGGUGAAGCUGAUGGUCUGCCUGGUGCAUCUCAACAUCCUUGAGCCACUCAAUCCACUCUUGACAACACUGGUGGAACAGAAUCCUGAAGAUAUGGGUGACCUCUAUCUUGAUGUUGCUGAAGCUUUUCUGGAUGUUGGCGAAUACAAUUCUGCCCUACCCCUGCUCAGUGCACUGGUUUGCUCUGAGAGGUACAACCUUGCAGUGGUUUGGCUUCGGCAUGCAGAGUGUUUGAAGGCCCUGGGCUACAUGGAGCGCGCUGCUGAAAGCUACAGUAAAGUGGUCGAUCUGGCCCCGCUCCACCUGGAUGCAAGAAUUUCGCUUUCCACCCUUCAGCAGCAGCUAGGCCGCCCUGAGAAAGCUCUGGAGGCCCUGGAGCCAAUGUAUGACCCCGACACCUUAGCCCAGGAUGCGAAUGCUGCGCAGCAGGAACUGAAGUUACUGCUCCAUCGUUCUACCCUGUUAUCUUCACAAGGCAAGAUGUAUGGCUAUCUGGACACCUUACUAACCAUGCUGGCCAUGCUUUUAAAGGUUGCGAUGAAUAGAGCUCAAGUGUGUUUGAUAUCCAGUUCCAAAUCUGGAGAAAGGCAUCUCUACCUCAUUAAAGUGUCAAGAGAUAAAAUUUCAGACAACAAUGAGCAAGAAACAUCAAAUUAUGAUGCAAAAGCAAUAUUUGCCGUGCUCACAAGCGUCUUGGCAAAAGAUGACUGGUGGAACCUUCUCUUGAAGGCCAUAUACACCUUGAGUGAUUUAUCCCGAUUCCAAGAAGCUGAAUUGCUUGUAGAUUCUUCCCUGGAAUAUUAUUCAUUUUAUGACGACAGACAAAAACGCAAAGAGCUAGAAUACUUCGGUCUGUCUGCUGCAAUUCUGGACAAAAAUUUCAGAAAGGCAUAUGACUAUAUCAGGGUGAUGGUGAUGGAGAAUGUCAAUAAGCCCCAGCUGUGGAAUAUUUUCAAUCAAGUUACCAUGCACUCCCAAGACGUAAGACAUCAUCGCUUCUGUCUCCGCCUGAUGCUGAAAAACCCAGAUAAUCAUGCUCUGUGUGUUUUAAAUGGACACAAUGCAUUUGUGUCUGGCAGUUUCAAGCAUGCCCUUGGGCAGUAUGUACAAGCCUUCCGUGCCUCUCCCAGCGAGCCUCUCUACAACCUCUGCAUAGGCCUGACCUUUAUUCACAUGGCAUCUCAGAAGUACGUGCUGAAGAGACAUGCUCUCACUGUGCAGGGCUUUUCCUUCCUUAAUCGCUACCUCAGCAUACGUGGGCCUUGCCAGGAGUCCUUCUAUAAUCUGGGCCGUGGCCUUCAUCAACUGGGAUUGACUCACCUUGCGAUCCACUAUUACCAGAAGGCUCUGGCGCUCCCUCCACUGGUGGUAGAGGGUAUAGAAGUUGACCAGUUAGACUUACGAAGAGAUAUUGCCUACAACAUGUCUCUCAUUUAUCAGAGCAGCGGCAACACUGCGAUGGCUCAGAAGCUGCUGUACACCUAUUGUGUCAUAUAACAGUGUAACUGAGGAAGGCGCUGCUAGCUGCCAUUACAGCCCAGCUUUGAAGCAGGAGGUGUAGCUCAGCCAGACCGCCUGCCUGCUUCAUCUGCACAGGCCACAGGUUCAAGCCACAAGCCUUUGGAACACCUAAAUACUGCUUUUGUCUCUGGACUGUAUGCAGAGUUACCAUUCCUAUGAGAAUGUACAUGUUAUUUUUCUUUAGCAUUCUACAGUAAAAUUAUCCCUAACACUGAAAUGGACACUAUUAGCUGCUGAGUCAGCUGCAGCUGGACAUGCUAUUCUCCAGUAAUAAUGUCUGCUGGUCUCCUCUGUACCAGGUGUUUGACAGGUGCAGGUAACUCUGAAGACAGGGAGAUGCGGUUUGUCCUGAAGGCAUUACAGAGUACACUGCUGAGACAGUCACCACUGAAUACAGUUACUUAUGUAAUCUAUUUUCUUGUGCUAUAGGUUGAAUGUGGGGCCUUGUGCCGUGCGAAGUGCUCUACCACUGAGCUACAUCCUUAGCCUACACAGUUCCUAAUGUAAAGUAUGAACAUGUAUUUCUUUGAAAGGAAUAUUUUCUGCCUUUAUAUAUAACACCCUUUCUCAGAGCUAUUACUGUCAUAUAAGGAAGUGUCCAAAUACACAGCAAAUGAGGUUGGACUCUUACAGUAAUGUAAUUACUUACAGUCAGCACCUAACAGAAUUAAGAUGGUUUUAUUGUGGGAAGACAGUUGAUUCAUUUCAUUUUCAUCUGUCAGUAUGUUAAUUUCAGGGUGUAAGCCCUGGAACCAGGCUUAAUUCAAAGCACAAUGCUUCAAGGCCAAACAGUUGAUACAUUUGGCUUCCCAGCUUAGAAAAGGGACACACAUGUUCAGUAACACUCCUGUUUUCCAGUUCAGGUAAUAAUGACCAGAGUACACAGACUGGGGAGGUCAGAUAUACAGAAUAAAGUAUUGAUAAUGCUUAAAGAUAUUUUACUUCAUUACAUCUUCUUGAAACUCAGAUAAAAAACAUUUGCUAGAUGUGUUGUUUCUUUAAUAAGAGUUUUGUUUGUUUCCUUGAGACAGGGUUUCUCUGUGUAAUAGCCCUGGCUGUCAUGGACUCUUGUAGUCCAGGCUGGCCUUGAACUUGCAGGGAUCCGCCUUCCUCAGUCUCCCGAGUGCUGGGAUUAAAGGCAUGUGCUACCUUGCCUGUUUCAAUAAGAGUUUUUUUCGUGGAAAAUAAAUGCUAUAAUGUUUGAUUAAUUCUAAGACCAAUCCAGUUGUGAAAGGAAACAAAUGUGAGACUGAGGAUCUAAUACAAUGGAGACUUUUGAGGCAUUCCUACCUCUCUUUGUACUCUAUACACAACUUUCCAACUGAGAAGCAGAAUUUGUAAGUAGUUAGUAAAUGCAUCUUGUAUUCUGUAUGUGCCUAUAUAAAAAUAAAUCCUAUUUUUAUAAUUGA